GCUGGGAUGCAGGAUGCAGGAUUGGGCUGUUUAUUCUGUUUUUUUAGAGAUUUAUUUGCUUCCUUUGUUUUUUUUUUUUUUUUUUUGGUUUGUUUUUUUUAAUUUUUGGCUGCGUUGGGUCUUCGUUGCUGCACCUGAGCUUUCUCUAGUUGUGGCAAGUGGGGCUACUCUUUGUUGCGGUGCGUGGGUUUCCCAUUGCAGUGGCUUCUCUUGUUGCAGAGCACGGGCUCUAGGCACACAGGCUCAGUAGUUGUGGCGCACGGGCUUAGUUGCUCUGCGACAUAUGGGAUCUUCCUGCACCAGAGAUCAAACCCGUGUUCCCUGCAUUGGCAGGUGGAUUCUUUUUUUUUUUUUUUAACAUCUUUAUUGGAGUAUAAUUGCUUUACAAUGUUGUGUUAGUUUCUGCUGUAUAACAAAGUGAAUCAGCUAUACGUAUGGCAGGCGGAUUCUUAAUGACUAUGCCACCAGGGAAGUCCUGGACUGUUUACUUUUAAGGCAGUGCCGUCCACUCAAGAAAUAAGAAGCUGGGACUUCCCUGGCGGUCCAGUGGUUAAGACUCUGUGCUUCCAUUGCAGGGGGCACGGGUUUGAUACCUGGUGGAGGAACUAAGAUCACACAUGCUGUGCAGCGCAGCCAAAAAAUAAUAAAAAAUAAAAAGGAAGAAAGAAAGAAAGAAGAAGUGAUUUCCUUGGAAUGUGAGUUAACGAGGUUAAAAAGUAAAGUGUGGGGUGUAAGGGAAAGCGUCACCAGCUGACACCUGCCGGGCCUAUGCCCCAUUCCAAGGACCAACCCUAUUCACAGAUGAGGACACUGAGACACACAGGGGCCAAGUGGGGUGGGGUCCCUGGGCUCCAACACUGAGGCCGGGGGGUUUCCUGGGAAGAUUUUGAGCUUUUCUCAAAUUCUCAGGGGCUCCUGACCAAGCCCCAUAACCUCUCCUGACUUCUUGAAACUCUGCUGCUGCUUUGGGCUAGGGAAGAGGCUGUGCACUUUCUGAGCACCGACUGCAUGCCCCACUCAGGGCUGGGUGAUGAGCACCGACUGCAUGCAUACCCCACUCAGAUGCUCAGGAGCUGACUGUGAGCUAAUCUCCUCAAUAUGUAAAGAGCUCUAACAAAUCAAUAACAAAAGUAAGAGUUCAGUAAAGGGAGCUAUUAUUAUCAUCGUCAUCAGAAGCAACAUUAUUAUUGUUGAGUUGCUCUGACUUGGAAAGCCACCCAAAUCCUCCAUGGAAAGACCCUUCAAGGAUGACAGUCCCGGAGUUCUGGGUUCAAGACGGUCUGCUGUGCAGCCCCAGACCAGCCAAGCUCCACUCUCUGGGCUUCAGUUUGGGAAGUGGAAACACUGAGCUCCACACAGUCCGUUCCUCAGAACUUGGUUACUUGGAUCCUUGAAGGACAGUUGCUGGUUUCACAACUGCUUGCCAGACAAGAAGGAAAAUACAACGGGCUGUGGGAAGAAUCGGCCCUCGGCAGAGGCAACAGGAGCUGGCCUGAGGCUGCAACCCUGGCCCCAUUUCCCCCUCGCUGUGCAGCCUUAGUCAAGGUACUUAAACUUUCUGUGCCUCUGUUUCCCCAUGGGGACAGAAACAGUACCGACAGCCUUGGUUUGCUCUAGGACUGCAUGAGUUCCACACAUCUGCAGCUUCGGGUAAUACCAACCCCCAGGGGCAUGUGGCUGGGGGAAGUGACUGAGGCCUUGGGGCACAGACAAGACAGGACAGCCCCAGGGAGCCAGAGUGGACAGGAGCCACCAAAGUCUCCCGAAGAAUCAUCUGCUACCGCCUGCAUUGACUUCCGAGGGAAAUGCGGGGUCCAGCUCUGGCCGAGACCCCGGAAACGACUUUCGCAUGGACAUUUCCCACUUUCCUCCAUGUUCAGGGCCUGAUGGUUUCCCGCAGCUGCAGUAAUACAUCACUGCAAACUUAGUGGCUUAGAAUGACCUUCUCUUACCUGAUCAGUGGGCCUAUCCGGGCUGAGAUCUAGGAGUCUUCAUGCCAGCACGGCCGGUUCCUUCCGAACCAGCUGGUUCUACCCCCACCCUGCAGCUUUCAAGGCUGUGUCUCAGUUUCCUUGUCUGUGAAAUGGGUGUGAUAACAACAUAGCAAACUAAUUAACACAGGGGACUGAGGUUGGCUAAAUACGGCCCCACAGCCUCCGCAUCCUGGUCCUGGGACCUGUGGGUAUGUCACCUGAUGGGGCAGAAGGGACCUUGCAGGUGGGAUUGAGUUAAGAGAGAUGGGGACGACUCUGGAUUCCCGGGGGCCCAGCGUCAUCACAGCGUCCUUAUAAGAGGGAGGCGGGAGGGUCAGACGCAGAGAGAGACGGGAGAUGCUGCGUUGCUGGCUGUGAGGAUGCAGGAGGGGCCGCGAGCCAGGGAUGCGGCGCCUCUGGAAGCUGGAAAAGGCGGGAACCGAUGCUCCCCUGGAGGCUCCGGAAGGACCAGCCCUGCCCACACCUGGAUUUAGCCCCAUGAGACCCAUGUUGGAGUCCUGUCCUGCUUCUAUCUCUCUGUCUCCCUCUGUCUCUGUGUCUAUCUCUCUGUCUCUGCCUCUCUUCCAUGUCUCUGCCACUGGGUCUCUCCCACCUCCACCUCACCUUCUCCGUCCAUCCCACGCCCUCACACCCUUGUCGCAAUGCUGAGUGAUGGGCUGGGAGGACCACCCUCCCCCGCCCCGGCACUGAUGGAGCCCACCCUGGUCCUCCGGGCUGGGCACUGCGUUCUGGCAAGGUACCCUCUGUGCCUCCGAGGCGUGUGUGGGGUGAGCCUACUGUGAGCAGCGGCCACUGAGCCUCCGUUCCCCUUCCUGUGACACUGGCCCCCUCUCUGCACAGGGCUACCCCUAGCCCCAGUCGCUCUCCUCCAUGCUGUGCGGGGUCCCCUGCCUCCCAGAUGUCCCUCUGCGUCUCCACUUUAGUGACUGAUGGCGGACGGGCACGGGGUCUCAGCAAAGCCUCCGCAAGGCAGCACAGGGCCUCUGACCUGUGUGGCCCCUCACCAAGGCCCUGCUGCCCCUUCCCUGCUCUGAAGCCUCCAUGGCUCCCCGGUACCCACAGGAGAAGCCCCCGCCUUCAAGGCCCUGAACUGACCUGACAAGCUCGCUGUUCUCUGGCCACCAGAGCCUGUGCUUCAGCCGUGAAGCCAGAUCACCUCAUCUGUACCCACAACCCCGAGAAACGCCAGCACCGCGAGGGUGGGUGCCUUUGUCACAUUGGGCUCCAUCUCCAGCACUUACCGGAGGCUGGUAAUGCCGUAGGCACUCAAUACCUCAAUACAUGCAACAAAGGCAGCAGCAGUCACAAGGCUUUCUGGAGGCUGGGGUUGCAGAUGGGGAAACUGAGGUUUGAGGCAGUGACGGGCAGGGCUGGACCCGGACCCCCUUCAGCUGGAGAGCUGGUCCCCAGCCCUGAGGGGCAGCGAGGGCUGUUGUGCUGCCAGCUGCGUACCUGGGAGAUGCUGGGUAAAGCGGGGCAUGGCACGCAUUAGGGACCUCUGGGGUCACAUGUCUGGGCAGAGCCGGGAGCCCCCCAGAGCCCCUGUGCCCACUCCACUGCCCUGGCUCCUGGCUUCCCGUGCCAUUACGAUUAUCAUCAACGACCCCGAUGCAGGAGAAUCAUCAGGCUUUCCGAAGCACGGGCUCAGAACUGGGCUGGUGGGGCCCCUGACCACAGGCCACAGCCCAGUUCCCCAUUUCCGGGCCGUUGGGCGGUGGGUGGACCAUGGCCUGCAGAGCUCUCCAGGGAGAGGCUGACCUGCAGCAGCCAUGAGGCCCGGGGAGGGGAGCUGGGCCUGCCUGCUGCUGACUCUGACCGCCUUGCAGAUGCUGCCCAUGAGGCCCCCAGGCUCCUGGGCGUCCCGAAUCAUCGGGGGCCACAAGGUGACCCCCCACUCCCGGCCCUACAUGGCGUCCGUGAGUUUCCAGGGCCAGCACUACUGCGGGGGCUUCCUGCUGCGGACCCGAUGGGUUGUGUCGGCCGCCCACUGCUUCAGAGGCAGAGACCCCCAAACGGGCCUGGUGGUGCUAGGGGCCCACGACCUGCGCACCGCAGAGGCCACGCAGCAGGUGUUCAGCAUCUCGGCUCUCUUCACGCACCCCGACUACCAUCCGGCCACCCACACCAGUGACAUCUGUCUGCUGCGGCUGAACAGCUCUGCCAUCCUGGGUCCUGCAGUGGGGCUGCUGGGGCUGCCACGGAGGCCACCCAGGGUCGGGGCACAGUGCCAGGUGGCCGGCUGGGGCUCCGUGUCCGACUUCGAGGAGCUGCCGCCUGUGUUGAUGGAGGCCGAGGUCCGCGUGCUGGGCCUGGACAUCUGCAACAGCUCCUGGAAGGGGCAGCUGAGCCCUGCCAUGCUCUGCACCCGCAGUGGGGACCGCCGGCGACGUGGCUUCUGCUCGACUCUGGGGGGCCCCUGGUUUGCGGAAAUCGGGCCCAUGGCGUCAUCUCCUUCUCCGGCCUCUGGUGCGGCGACCCCAAGACCCCCGACGUGUACACACUGGUGUCCGCCUUCGUGACCUGGAUCUGGGACGUGGUUCGGCGGGGCCCGCACAGCCCCCAGCCCAGCCCCCCACCCAGGACCACUGUGGGCCCAGCAGGAGUUGCCUGAACCACAGCAGCGCACAAGAUGAGGUUAGCUCCGGCCUGGAAAAUUCCGUGGCUGGGGCAGAGGGUCCAUGGGCCCCCAAACCCCAGGAAGCCUGGUGUGUGUGGGAUGGCAGGUGGGAUAGGGGGGAAUCAGUUCCAAACAAAAAGGGCAAAAUAACACAAUAAAGUGUUAACUGGCUCACCAGACACGAUGGUCUGCCUCCAGGGUCCACGCACGUCUUUGAGCUUCUCCUUGGCCUCAGCGUGGCCGAGGGUCCGGUUCCACCACUCCCUCCCGGAAGGACCUUGAGCCAUAGGACCUGGGCCCCUCUCCACCCUCCCACACCCUCCCCGCGCUGACCCCUCUGGAGUUUCCCACCCUGCCUCACAGCCCGAGCUUGGGACGGCCUCCCCGCCUUGGUCCCUACCUGGACCGCCACUCCUCUGCCCUCCAGCCAACCCCACACGGGGAAACCGAGGCCGGGAGAGGGUAGGGUC